AUUUUCAUAACCUACGCCGGGUUUGCACAACAUAAACACUGGUACGAGCCAUUGAGUUUUAGGUUUAGAGUUACUUAAAUACUGUGAAAACAUUUUGCUACCAAUUGCAUUAUUUAAUGUGAGGAAUUGUGCUCCAAAGAAAAUUUCAAUAAUAAACAGUAAAAAACCCAAUUUUAUCAGUUAUACACAUAAACUGUUUUCAUCAAAUCUUUGUUCAGAGACUGCAUAUAAUGAUACUGAAUUCAAUAAUUAAUGUCACAACAUUAUAACAUCUGCCAAAGGUCUUACCAAUGUUAAAUUGAAUUGAACCGAAAAUUAAUAUUCAUCAUGGAAAAUGCAAGUGGUAAUGCCGUAAAAAUGGAUCAAUGUAUAGACAGAAUCUUUCGUGAGGUGCUUGAAAAUAUCAGCAGUGAUAACCUGAUAAACAGUCAAACAAAUGGUUGUAAAAUGUGUCCUUUCAGCUUGCUAAUGAUGAAAAUAGAAAAACUAGUUAGAAUACGCGUGGUCCCUCAAUUUUGGUCAAAAUUUAAUAAUUCUAUAAAUAAGGACUCUAAAGAAGGAUUCCAAGAUUUUACCGAUUCAGUUGAUGAACUUUAUGAGAAUUCAAAAAAAUUUAUUUCCGUUGUCGAUCGACUCAAAGAAUCUAUUUCAUGUGUUCAUCAUUGCGAAUUCAAAAGUGAUCGAUUAAUCACACACGUUAGACAUUACAUUCAGGGCACGAUUUUGAGUCAAAUACCUUUACAGCAUACAAUAAUUAUAGAACAAUUUUAUAAGACUGCGUUCAAUGUAUUUUGUAAUAUUGAAGCCUUGCAACAGCCAUGCGGUUUUCCUACGAAUAACGAAUUAAUCAUUUGCGAAGGAUGUAAGCAAGAGAAAAAAAAUUGCAGAUGUCAAGUAAUUGUAAACAUAUUUCAUAAAACUAACGAAAAAUUAAUAGACUUAGGUUUACUCGAAAGACUGUCCGGAAGCGUAUUAACUUCAUUGAUUCACAUUCGCAUAAAAAACUACGUUUUUUCCGUAAGUUGCAAUUCUUUUAAUCAAUCUCAGAUCGGUAAUUUAGAACAUUGGCUCGAUACCGUCGUCAUGAAUUGGCUCGUGAGAAUUUACACCGGUGGAUCUUCCAAAACGGCAGGCCUUCCGGAUAAAAUUCGCAACGCCAUAGGCACGUUCAAGCAGAAACUGAGUUACUUCUUGUACGAGACGUACACGAGAGUGAGAAUACAGCAAUUGUUCAACAUCAUACUAGUUUUUCCAGAUUCUCAACCUGCCCUCGACGACCUGCGAGUCUGCUUGAAGAAGAACGAUUUGAGAAAAUAUCUGAUAAGCAAUUUACAAUUCAACGUUAAAACCAGACUGCUGCAUCCGGGAGUCAGUACGCCGGACAUUCUCACAACGUACAUAUCGGCGAUCAAGGCGUUGCGUCAAUUGGAUCCGACCUGUACGCUGCUCGAAAUAAUAACCGAUCCGGUAAAAUUGUACCUGCGCGGCAGAGAAGACACCGUCAGGUGCGUAGUGAGUGGUUUACUCAACGAGUCCAACGCGAAUAAUCUCGCGAAUGAAAUAAUGCGCAACAAGCCCAUCAAUCAAGAUCUGUCGUCGAGCAACGACGCCGCGCAAAAAGACGGUAACAAUUCUGCCCAGGCGAAAAAAGAAAACUGGGAAAAUUGGCAACCGGACUUGAUCGAUUCGGAAAACGAAUUCGACCUGAAAACCGAUUUGAAAUCCGACUUGAAAUCGUCGCUCUUCGGAAUUUAUUCGAAAAUCACACCGUGCAAAGCGGAACCGAACAGCGCCGUCAUGAGUAAAAACGAAAAUUCCGAUUUGAUCUCGAUGUUGGUCAACGUGUACGGAAGCCAAGAUCUAUUCGUCAACGAGUAUCGCAGUUUGCUGGCGGAUCGCCUCCUGUCGCAGCUCGACUUCCAAACCGAGAAGGAGUAUCGUCAAUUGCAACUGCUGAAGGAGCGUUUCGGCGAGCAGCAGCUGCUGUCUUGCGAAGUGAUGAUCAAAGAUCUGUGCGACUCUCAGAACAUCAACAACAGCAUCCACAACGACCAAACGUACACGAGCCACUACAAAGCCUUCGACACCUCGGCCCUGAUUCUGUCGGCUCAGUUUUGGCCACCCUUCAAGGAGGAUUGGAAGCUGGAGCUGCCCGCGCUGGUGCAGCAGCAGCUGCAAAAGUACGUGCUGGCCUUCGAAUCGUUCAAGGCCAACAGAAGCAUCUGCUGGAAGACGCACAUCGGCAACGUCAAUCUCGAGAUCGAGACGCAGGAUAGAAAGCUGACGCUGAACGUCUCGCCCAUUCACGCCACCAUAAUCAUACACUUUCAAGACAAGAACGAGUGGAGCUUGGACCAGUUGAGCGAAGUUAUGCACGUUCCGACUACGGUUUUGCGAAGAAAAAUCGGCUACUGGGUGUCUCAGUCUCUGCUCAUUGAAACGAGCAACGACGUCUUCGUUCUCGUCGAUAAGCUCGACCCGGAUAACAGUAAACAAUUUACCGAUUUGACGCAGAAUAUAAUGGAGGACGACGAAGACAUCGACAGUGCCAUGGCAUCGGUCAGUGACCAGAGAGAGGAGGAGCUUCAGAUAUUUUGGUCUUACAUCGUUGGUAUGCUCACGAAUCUGGACUCGAUGCCGCUCGAACGGAUUCAUCAGAUGUUGAAGAUGUUCGCGUCGCAAGGCACGGGUGCGGUAGAAUGUAGCUUGGCCGAAUUGAGGCAAUUUCUCGAUAACAAAGUCAAAGAUCACCAGCUUCUUUAUUCGAGCGGUCUUUACAAGUUACCGAAAUCAUAAGUUGUUUUCUAGUUUUAAAGAUAGCAUUAAAAAUGUAAAUAUACGUUUAGGAGAAAAAUAAA